CCCCUGCGUCUCAGGCCUCGCUGGCCUUGGGGGGAUGGUUUCAUCAUGGCGUCAAUGCAGAAACGACUACAAAAAGAACUGUUGGCGUUGCAAAAUGAUCCACCUCCUGGAAUGACUUUAAACGAAAAGAGCGUUCAAAACUCAAUUACGCAGUGGAUUGUAGACAUGGAAGGUGCACCAGGAACCUUAUAUGAAGGGGAAAAAUUUCAACUUCUCUUUAAAUUUAGUAGUCGAUACCCUUUUGACUCUCCUCAGGUCAUGUUUACUGGUGAAAAUAUUCCCGUUCAUCCUCAUGUGUAUAGCAAUGGUCAUAUCUGUUUAUCCAUUCUAACAGAAGACUGGUCCCCAGCGCUCUCAGUCCAGUCAGUCUGUCUUAGCAUUAUUAGCAUGCUUUCCAGCUGCAAAGAAAAGAGACGACCACCAGAUAAUUCCUUUUAUGUGCGAACAUGUAACAAGAAUCCAAAGAAAACAAAAUGGUGGUAUCAUGAUGAUACUUGUUGAUGCCACUGUUGUCAUCCUCGUAGCAGAAGAUAGUCCUACUGAGAAAAUGAGCACUUUGAUCAUUCAGUCUUUGAACUUUAACCUUUGACUGGAAGUGACCUAUAGGCAAUGAAGACUACUUCCUUUUACUGCAUUUUUACUCGUGUGCAUUCUGGGCGCAUGUUGAUCGCUGGUUCAGUCCAGGCAACUGACAUGCUUUUAUUAGUCAUACAGUAUUAAUGCAGGUGUCAGGAAAUGUCAAAUAUAAUUCCAUUUUUUAUUUUUAUUUUUUUAAGCUUUUGGAAAAGUUCCAGGUCCUCAUGUAUUGUGCAAUAACAGUGACUUCCUCGGUGGUUUGGGGGUGUUCAUUGCCGGCAAUGGACGUUGCAACAGGAAGAGUUUUCUUAACUCCUGCCACUCAGUGAUUAAUGCAUGAUAGGGCCUGUGAAAUGAAUUUAUCGGUUAUUGUGGGAUUAUAAGGAAAGUGAGGGAUCCAGUAUUACAUUGAAAGUCACCCCAAUUGUUUAUAUUUGGAUUCUAUGCACUGUGAUCCUGAGGCUAACAGCAUGAAAUAACAUGCGUCUUUCAAGGACCGUAAGAAAGAUCAUUGCAUAUUUAUUUAAUUGUUUAUAUCUGCUGUCAAAUUGUUUUGACAUGGAAGGUUUUCGAGGAACAUUGGCAGAGAGGUACAAUAUGUUAUCCCUAUGGUGAAAAUAAAUUCAUUUGUUGUAUAUAGUCCUCAAUCUCUGAAGUAAAGGUGUGAAUAAUAUAGGGUGUGAAUGGUUUAACCAAGGCUUUAUUUUGGAAGUAAAAAAAAUGGCAGUGAUGACUAAAUUACUGCCAUCCAUUAUUUGGGCCUGUUUUUUUUUUUUUUUUUCCAAGUCUAUUAUACUCUGUUACUUCCUGCUAGCCAUCAGCAUGAGCCCUAUUGCCUAAACACUAUUUUGUUUAUUUAUGUUUGGAAAAUCCAUAAACAUUUUGUUUGUAAUCUUGUUUCUUUUGUUACGUUUUAAGUUGUUUGAAUGUUACAAUACUUUAAUUGAAAGGCUUUUGUCAAGUUUCUUUUCUUGUAAAUUUUCUUGUAUCAUCUUGUCCUUCAAUACUGUACCCUAAAAUGAGAAAUACAUUUUUGACAGAGGCUUAAUGUUUUAACAAAAGAGUGUGGACAUUUUUAUUUUAAGAAUUUGGCAAAUGAACACUAUAAAAUGAUAUGUUUGCUUAUUUGUCUCACAUAACCAUUGUAUAGGUUUUCUUGGAAGAAUUUGUUAUGCUUGUUGAAAAGAUUUUGCUUACAGUUAGAUGAAUUUUUCUAUCUAUCUGUGUCUGUCUCUAUCUAUCUAUCUAUCUAUCUAUCUAUCUAUCUUAUCUAUCUAUCUAUCUGAUUUCUCUGAUCUAUAAAACAGUUGUUGAAAAGGUUUCAUUCUAAGUACCAUGUACCAUGUAAGUUAAUGAUGCUAUAACUAGGUCUUUUUAAGAAGCGAUUAAUGUAUUUUAUAAAUGACCUUUUCACAUAUGCAAGAUCUGUUUCUAUGACAAUGUUAUUUUUACUAAUGCCUUACUGUUGCCCUCUUUUUGAAUAUCCUGCAGUGAAUAUAUUAAUCAAUUUGGGCUUAAAAAUAAAAGCCAAUUGGCUGAAAGGUCUGACAUAUGUAACCCCAUGAAAAUCAUCCAAUUGAUAAUUGGUAAAGAAUAUUUUAAAGAUUGUUUUUCAUCUCUGUGUAGAUGGCAUUUUGUAGCUUUGUACAUGUUGUUGAUUAAGGGCAUAUAAUUUUACACUCUGAAACUAUAACUGCUGAACUCAGGGGCGGGUAGACUUCAAAACUCUGUCUGCUGUAGAAAUAACUUGAAAAAAAAAAUUAAAACCAUGGCCAGCCACCAAAUUGUGGACACUGUUUCUACUGCUAGGCAGCAAUCACCAUUUCUUAAAGACUAGAAACCCCUUUCUUCUGUCUCAACUCUGUUCAUGUCCUCGCAGUGUUCAUUACCUGUUUUACUAGUUGGCCUAUCUAACAUGAAAAAAAAAUCUUUAAAUUCUUAGCUUUUCACUGCUUUUAAUAUGAAAUUACAGCUCUAAAUUAGCUUUAUGUCACUGCUCUGAAAUACUAAUGAACUUGAUUGGGGGGAUGGGAACACAGGGAGAACCUCUUACCUGUUUGUAGUCCUCUUACUAAAAUCCUGUCAUAAGAAAUGGCCUGAGGCAGUAUUCACCAAAGGAAUUAACACACCAGGUCAAACAUUUACAGUGCUGUAGUGUAGAUUAAUAGCUUCAGUUGUGUUUUUGUAACAGUGUUUUAAUAUACCUCUCUGUAUACGGCUACUAUAAAAUAGAUACAAAUGAAAUGGAAAAUAGUUGAAAACCAAACAAUUUUAGUUCAUUUUUGGAUCCAGGUGAAGAAAAUAAUAUAUCUAAAAUAAGGAGCAUCAACUAUUAAGAAUUCAGAAUCAGAUUAACAUUACUCCCUUGACUUUAAGAGUCAUUAAAAAUUCUUUAACACUUGCAUUUAGUUAUUUGACAUUAACAUUCAAAAGAUGUGUAUCUGGGUCAUUGUUCAGGUGAGGGCAAGUUGUGGCUUUUAAUAAAACAAAUAUUUUCUAUAACAUAUUAUUGAAAGGGAACUGGAAUUGCAAGAAACUUAUAUGAAAUUCACUGUUCAUUCCAUCUUCCCUGCAUUUCCUCCAAUAGGUACUAACCUACAACAUUGUAUUUUCACACUUUGAGGCUGUGUCUGUCUCUUCCACAUUUAUUUUAGACCAUUCCUAGUUUGCCAAAUUUUGUUAAGAUGUGAUGUUUGCUGUUUGUUGUUUCUGCAGUUAUGAACUUGGUGCCCUUCCGAAUACAGACAAAAUGCUGUAGGUUAUUUCCAGUUUUGUGGCUCUUCUCUUAAGAAGUUAAUAUUUACUUCUAAAGAACUUAUAAUGUGUGAUUUUCCUUUUAGCCAGUGGGGAAAUAAACAUUUUUUAAGCCCUAUAGGAGACAGUUCAACUGGAGGAAGACUGUAUUCCUUGUUACUUUGAGUGGGUCUAUAAACAGUUGAUUUACUAUUUUCUACUUCUGAAUUUUAAAUAUAUGCAAGUACACACACACACCAUUACUUACCUACCGUGGAUAAUAACUUCUAGAGAUUCUAAAACAGAUAUCAAGUAACUGGUUGUUCCAUCAAAGAUAAAUUGACAGUAAUGGAAAUGAUUAGUGAUAUGAAAAUGGUGUGUAAAUGUGUUAUUUCUGGAAAUGUAGUCUUUUUUAUUUUAUUUUUACAGCCUACAGUUUUUGAGAAUUGCGAAAUUUAAAACUUGUUAAACUUCCUACAAGUAGAGUAGAAGAGGAGGUACUGUGUAUUCAAAGUUUUUUUUUUUUUUCUUUUUUUAAUAAAAAAAAAUUAGUGUG